GAUACUCCACCGCCGCGAUGCUCCACCUCUCUCGACGCAUCCUAUGCUGCUAGGGUUCUCUUUCAUCGCGACAAGAGCUCCAAUCUCUCCAGCGAUCGAUUUUUCUCCGCGAGAUUAGCGCUAGCGUUUGCGAAUCAUCACUCCUCUGUUUUUUCCUCUCCUUGUUCUAGCUCCCGGGAGAGAAUUUUGCGGCUUCUGGGAUCCACAAUCCCCUCCAUCCCUCCCUCCCUCCAUCGGAGCAAGCGGUCAAGCGCGCGAGGAUCAUGUCGGGCUCCACGCUAGCGGCGGGGUCGAGAAUGGCCACCGAGGGCAGAGCUCACGGCGAUAUGAAGGAGCGCGUCCAGGAAUCGGGCACGCUGGGCGGGGUCAUGGGAUCGCUCCGCGUCAUCGAGCUCCAGCUCGUGGCCUUCAUCAUCGUCUUCUCGGCCAGCGGGUUAGUCCCUCUCUUGGAUCUUGCAUUCCCGGUUUUUGCAUCCUUGUACGCGUUCUUCCUGGGAUCGGUGGUGUUCCCAAACUACCACAAGCACAGGAGCGCCGCGCCCGAGGUGUUCAAGGGGAACCGCCUCUUCCAGCUCUACGUGAUCUUGGGGACGCUGAUGGGCUUGUUCUUGCCGCUGGCCUAUGUUCUAGGGGGAUUUGCAAGGGGUGACCAGGCGUCCGUGCGAGCCGCCACCCCACACCUCUUUUUGCUCUCGGUCCAGAUCCUCAGCGAGAACUUGAUCAGUGGGCUUGCGCUCUUCAGCCUCCCGGUGCGAGCUCUCCUGCCGAUCAUCUACACUGCUCGCCGGCUCAUUGCCUUGUCUUCGUGGAUUCACAUCACCUUGACGAUGACUAUACCACCUCAACAUGAUUUCCGGAAAGCUGCGUGGGUGUGGUUUGGACGGAGUUUAGCCAUCGGCAACUUAAUGUACUACUCCAUCAAUCUGCUGGGAUUUUUGAUCCCCCUGUUUUUGCCUAGAGCUUUCGAGCGCUACUUUCAGGACAGGGACGAGUACUACAAAGAGAAGGAGCAAUCGUCCGCCACUGCUGCUACUAAGGGGCCCGAGAAGAAGGCGCAGUAGAGAGCAGAAAUGGAAAUAACCUUGGUCAGUGGUGCUUCUCUCCUUCGUUUUCUUUUUCCCCUCCCUCUCCCUCUCUCCCUCUCGCUCUUGUCCUCGCACAUUUGUGUAAAAUGUUUGAUUCUGAAUAGAACACGUAGCCGCGUGUCCAUGUCCCCAA